AUGAUCGUGCUGGCCGUAAAGGAAGGAGGCCCCGACCCAGCGACGAAUACCAUGCUGAAUCGCUACAUCAAGGCUGCUCUGAAGGACAACCUGCCAAAGGACACCAUCGAUCGCCGGAUCAAAGCCUUUACGGCCUCGUCAGCGACCGAGGGAGAUGUGGAGAGAUUCGGAGAUGGAGAGGAUUUGCUGGUGAAGAUUUAUUGA